AAAAAUGGCUUCAAAUAUAUCUAAUAAAGAAUGGGCGGAAGAUAUCAAGAGCCGUUUAGAAAGUAUAUAUCAACAGCUUUCUGAUUUUGAGGAAAUAGAAUGCAUGCAAGAUGAUCGUGUGAAUAUAUUGGAAAUGCUAGAAAUUCUUCAAGAAAUGCAAAAUGAUGCAAAGUCUAUUCAGACAACUGCAUUCCAGCUAAACCAAAAAAGAAAUGAUAUCCAAAAUCAUAUUGACUUACUGCAGAAAUCAGUAGACUUAUUAAAUUUAGAAUCCCCAGAUACUGACUCAGAGAAUUUUGAUAAUAUGAAUCAAAAUGCUUAGCAGCACUUCGCUCCAAAUAUUCAUAAGCAAAAUGUAUUUAAAAAAAUUGU